AUGGCCACAUCUCGCUCUGGAGUAAUGUCGUCGCGUACGCCUGCUGCCGAGAGCCACACCCAUGCCCGAUGGACGGAAAGGGAGCUGGACAUCGUCAAGAAGUUAGCUGUCCUCGACGGGUUUCGCCGCCCCCCUUCAAUCUCGUCAAUGGAAUCCCUAUCAGAGUCAGAUGAAUUUGGGCCCGCAAGAAAAAGGAAGCGCGUUUCCAAUGCUCAGUCACAACGCCAAGAACCGCCCCUAGAUUGUCCCGAGAGGACCAAAGGUCAUGGAGACAACCGCAGCAGCAAACGUCGGAGAAGGUCCUCGACCGAGUCCAACCCCAUGAUCAGUGGCGAAGCCCCCGAUGGCACCAUAGUAGAAGUUCCGCUGCGCUCCAUCAAGGACCCCCGACCAUUCCGCAAUGCCCCCGGCCACCAAAGUCCGCAGCCGCCCUCAAAGCUCCGGGCAAUAUUCCAAGCGCCCCAUCUUCCGCAUCGCGGGGGGACCGCCAAGGUGGCACCACCGAGGACCUCGAGGAGGACGGCGAGGACCUCGAGGAGAGCGAGGACCUCGAGGAGAGCGAGGACCUCGAGGAGGAGGACGAGGACCCCGAGCCGAAGGAGAAAACCGGCCAACUACACCUACCUCCUGGACCGUGUGGAGAAGCACCUCGGCUGGUACGGCAAGUACGACAAGAUGUCCGACGCGCGCGAGCGCACCGAGGGCAUGCACGCGUCCAUUCGGAUCGAGAAGAAGCUCGAGACGCUGUGCCAGCACAUGGACAAGCACAAGUCCUUCGAGAACCGCGUUCACGUCCUGAGCGUGAUGCGCGAGAUCCUCAUGGCGGUGCUGAUGACGCAGGGCUCGCGCGUCGGCAGCGAGGUUCGCAAGAGCGCCUACGACUGCGGCAGGCUGCGGAAACUGGACAAGGGGGGCUGGGUCCGCGACCUGCGCGAGCUUGUCGACGAGGCCGAGCGGUAUUGCUUCCUGCCGCGUCUGUCGGAGGUUCUCGCUAUGGUCGUUUAG